CGCUUUGGAGAAGUUCCAGAACAUGCUGUCAUUUCUGUAGUUGCAGCACGUAGGCAUGGUAUGAACACAGGAAGAGUCGUAAUGCAAUCACAUGCUGGCCCGUGGUAAUUGGAAUUCUCUUUCUGUGUAAAAACAGAGCUAUGAACUCCUUAGCUCUCACAUUCAAAAACUACGCGCUCCCACGCUGCUUGCUAAACAUAGUGCCAAACUGACGAGAUUGCCAAUACAUUUUCCUGUACAACACGAACCUGCAGGAUUGUUAUGAAAUUCACAACAACGCAUUUGUUGAGAGCACCGACAUCUAUGGAUUUGGAAUCAGACUGCUCUCGACCUUGCAAAGGGAGCUGAGAUGAAAGAAAUACUUGAGGGCAAUCCUCUGAAGGGUGUGAACUGAACGUUGCAGAAAUUUGAAGGACCUGUUUGGAAGAGUUCACGCUUCUUUGGAUGGCGGCUGUAUUGGGUGGUUCUCCAAGAUGGAGUUUUGUCCUGGUAUCCAAAACAGUAAAGUCCAGAGACGCCUCCCUUUUCUCUGUUAAGUGCUUCGAUGAUAGUAUCCACAACUUUAAAGUGCAUCCAAAGGGUGCACCAGCACUGACAACAAACAAAUGGCUGGAAGCAAUAGAAGAGCAUUCUGCCUACAGCACUCACUACUGCUCCCAGGACCAGGUGAGCGAGGAGGAAGAGGAAGAUGUGCUGUGAGGGCAGCUGAGUGAUUCAUUACAGAAAGCUCAAGCAUGCCAGCAAAAGUUGGAGAUGCAAGUUUCUAGCUUUCUUUCAAUGGUGAAAGAUAACAAGAAUACAAGAGGAUUGCCUGUUACAGUCCUCCAGAAGUUAAAGGAACUAUCUGAAGUUUCUACCGAGACCUGUGCAGCCCUGAGCAACUGCCUCACACUUUUCACCAAGCAACAAGGGGUGCGGAGCUUGAGACUGGAGCAGGAACAAGAGAAGAGUAAGAUUCUUUCUGAGGCUCUGCAGACUCUGGCCACUGAGCACCACGAACUAGAGCAAUCCGUUGUGAAAGGAUCUCCGUCUCAGAGCGUGCUUAGUGAAGAUGAGUUUUAUGAUGCUGUUUCUGACUCUGACUCCGAACACUCUUUGAGUGGAUUUGAAACCGUUACAAGCCAUUCCUUUGACGAAGAACCCGUCGGCUACAGCAGCAGCGGCCGCAGCAGCCAGACCAGAAUGGCAAAUAACCAUGGCAACGAGCAGCCCCAGUCCAAUGGAAUCAAGAAACGCAGAACAAGCUUACCAGCACCCAUGUUUUCUAGGAAUGAUUUCAGUAUCUGGAGUAUCCUAAAAAAAUGCAUUGGAAUGGAGCUCUCCAAGAUCACCAUGCCUGUGAUCUUCAAUGAACCUCUCAGCUUCCUGCAGCGCCUCACAGAGUACAUGGAGCACACAUACCUCAUCCACCAAGCGAACGCUUCCUCAAGCUCCAUUGAGAGAAUGCAGUCUGUUGCAGCCUUUGCUGUUUCUGCUGUUGCCGGGCAAUGGGAACGGACAGGUAAACCAUUCAACCCGCUCCUGGGUGAAACUUACGAGCUUGUCAGAGAGGAUUUGGGAUUUAGGCUCAUAUCAGAACAGGUCAGCCAUCAUCCACCCAUCAGUGCAUUUCAUGCUGAAGGACUUGAGAAGGAUUUUGUUUUCCACGGAUCCAUUUAUCCCAAGCUCAAAUUUUGGGGAAAGAGUGUGGAAGCGGAACCCAAAGGAGUUAUAACGCUAGAACUUUCCAAACACAAUGAGUCCUAUACUUGGACAAACCCCACAUGCUGCGUGCACAACAUCAUUGUUGGAAAAUUGUGGAUUGAGCAGUAUGGCAAUGUGGAAAUAAUCAACCAUGAAACUGGGGAAAAGUGUUACUUAAAUUUUAAACCAUGUGGCCUUUUUGGCAAAGAGUUACACAAAGUUGAAGGUUAUAUUGUGGAUAAAAGCAAAAAGAAGGUUUGUGCACUGUAUGGCAAGUGGACUGAGUGCCUGUACAUCAUAGACCUGGCCACAUUUGAUGCACACAAGAAGAAUGACAAGAAGAGUGCAGAUGAAAAGAAAAAUAGUAGAACUCCAGCAGGCGCAACAACUAGUUCUGAGGAGUCUGAAGAAAUGCCAAUACCAGAUGCAGAAACUGUUGAGGUUAUUCCAGGAAGCCAGCUUCUCUGGAAGAUAGCCCCUAGACCUCCAAAUUCUACAGAGAUGUACAGCUUUACUACCUUUGCUAUGCAUCUGAAUGAAUCAGACCAAGAAAUGGAGACUGUUAUUCCUAAAACUGAUUGCCGGUUACGACCAGAUAUAAGAGCGAUGGAAAACGGAGACAUAGACUUAGCAAGUGAAGAAAAAAAGAGAUUAGAAGAGAAACAGAGAGCAGCUCGUAAAAAACGUUCAAAGUCUGAUGAAGACUGGAAGACCAGCAACCCAGCUCUGGGCCCCAGCUGGUUCCACCAGGGAUUGAACCCCCACAAUGGCAUGCAAGACUGGCUCUUCUCAAGUGGAUAUUGGGACAGAAACUAUUCUCACUUGCCUGACAUUUAUUGAUAACAUGUGUUUAUAGAUAGUAGUAUAUGUGGUUAUUCAGAAAUAGUUAGAACCUCGUUGUGUAUUUUUUCUUUUUUUACUCAUCUUUAAAUACUGAAUUAUUGUUAUAGGGUUUAUAGGAUGGUAUAAAUAAGAAAAAAGACAGCCCUCGAUUAAGUGUUGUAAGUAUAGUUCUCAUCACAGUGCAUUCACAGGUAGGCUCUGUAACAAUAAUAUGUCAGAUAUUGACUGGGCAGACCAUCAAGCUAAUAUUUCAUUGUCUCCAUUUCUAACAAGAUGUACAACAAAAGACUUUUUUUUUUCUUAUUGUCAUAAUAAGACAUACUCAAGCACAAUAACUGUGUAUUGCAAUACAAACGUUAUCAAGACUAUACCAAUCAUGUAUCCGAUAAAAUAACUCUUCAGAUUAACCCAGUCUUCUAAUUCAUAAAGUUCAUUGUGUGUCUUCUGUGUAUCCUUCACCAUUUGUGCAAGAACUAAAAUCCAGAGUAUGAUUAUUUAACAUUUUGAUUUUUAUUUUUAAAAUGCAGUGUUUUGACUUGAAUUUGGUAUGUCAUAUAUUCCCCCCACCCCCACUACAAAAAUAACCAUUAUGAUAACUAUUGCUGACUUAGUUAAAUACAAUGUACAGCUGUUUGUGUAAAGAUUAAUCUUUAUUUGUAAUAAAAUCCAACAGAAUCAUAUGUAUGCAGUGGCUGGAUAAUAAAAAUACUGUAUUCAAACCAGUGAUGCCACUGUAUAUUUUGUAUAAGUCUCCUAUGUCAGGGCAGCAGUGUGGAGUAGUGGUUAGGGCUAUGGACUCUUGACCGGAGGGUCGUGGGUUCAAUCCCCGGUCGGGGACACUGCUGCUGUACCCUUGAGCAAGGUACUUUACCUAGAUUGCUCCAGUAAAAAACCCAACUGUAUAAAUGGGUAAUUGUAUGUAAAAAUAAUGUGAUAUCUUGUAACAAUUGUAAGUCGCCCUGGAUAAGGGCGUCUGCUAAGAAAUAAAUAAUAAUAAUAAUAAUAAUAGAAAAAUGUGUAGUGCAUAAGCUGGUAUUUUGUGGUUGCACCAAGGGCCUCUCUGUACCCUAUUUUAGUUUGGUAUGUUGUUCAAAUUAAACUAGAAGAUAUUUAAUAUGUGGUAUUGUCAAUGGCAGGGGUGGCCAACCUUGGUCCUGGAGAGCCACAAUCCAGCAGGUUUUAUAAGUAGCCCUUAAUCAGCAAUUUCUAAAGACUUGGAACAAUUUAAUUUUGACUAGUUAAGCAGUACUUUUUUCAAUUUUAAGUAAUCAUUUGUUCAAUUUAGUAAUUUAGAGGUAAUUUGGAACAAAAACCCGAACACCCUGCAGCUCUCCUGGACUAGCGCUUACCACUCCUGAUUUAAUUGAACAAAUUAACUUGCUAAGUUGAUCAACAACUUAAAUUUUUCAGAAAGUGAUGAUUUAAGGAUUACUUAUAAAACCUGCUGGAUUGUGGUUCUCCAAAACCAGGGUUGGCCACACCUGGGCUGUGGUAUAGUGGAGUUGGGCGAAUGCUCACUAUUAUUAUUAUUAUUUGUUUAUUUAGCAGACGCCUUUAUCCAAGCCGACUUACAGAGACCAGGGUGUGUGAACUAUGCAUCAGCUGCAGAGUCACUUACAAUUAUGUCUCACCCGAAAGACGGAGCACAAGGAGGUUAAGUUGUAAACACUGUCUAGAACUUUAUGUAAAAUAAAUGUUAGAAUCAAUGCUCAAUAAAGGCUUAAAAUCAUG